AGAGAUAUUGUACAGAGACGAAUUGGGUGCAGGAGAGAGGGGUGAUUACAUAAAGGCCCCCUUUUUCAGACGAGAAAAAGGCGCGUUACUAUUUGCAGAGUGCUAAAAUGUCGUCAGAAAACCAAGAGUCAGAGGCUCAGAUGGAGUCUGGCGAGGAAAAACAGGACUCUCAGGAGAAGGACUCAAACCCUGUGAAGGCAGAGGAAGCCAAGCUGAAAGCCAAGUAUCCCAACUUGGGCCAGAAGCCAGGGGGUUCUGACUUCCUAAUGAAGAGGCUACAGAAGGGGCAAAAGUAUUUUGACUCAGGAGACUACAACAUGGCCAAGGCCAAGAUGAAGAACAAGCAGUUGCCCACCGCCGGACCAGACAAGAACCUGGUCACAGGGGACCACAUUCCCACGCCACAGGACCUUCCCCAGAGAAAAUCCUCACUGGUGACCAGCAAGUUGGCGGGCUAAGGGCAUCCCACCCGUCUCCGAGCAACAGCCCCUACACCCUUCUGCCCCUCCCACCCUACCCCAUACCCUUCAGCCGGGCUUCUCUAGGCAUCUUGUUCAAGUCAGUUUGUUUUGGGAUUUGGGGCAGGGCCCUUUCUUCUCAUGUGCACCUCAUCUACUACAUCUGCUCCACUGCUGCCUUCCCAGCUUGGUUUUGGAAAGGGGGGGGGUUUAAAACAUUAGAAAAAUAAUGAGUGUAGUUUCUGAAAAUUUCUUUUGUUGUUUAUACAUCUUCAUUUAAGAAGGGUUUAUGAGGAUUACUCUUAAAAUUCCUUUGAAACAGUCCUAAAAUGAUAUCAUUAUGGGGAUCGUGGAUGUCAUUAGUAUGGUCUAAUCUUGUUUGCCUUGUUAACGUAGACAUGAAAUUAUUAGUGUGUGAAGACCCUUGAUCUUCAAGCCAAAGAGAGUGGGAAUGGUAUGAAAGGAUAAAGGGAUUUAAAAAUAAAAAGGAAUUUGAAGUACAUGAGGGAUGGUAAAUAUGAAGCAGCAGGUGCAGCAGUAAUUUGUUUAAUAUUACAUCUGUUGGUUACUUGGGUUAAGAAAUUUGGAAUGAUGCUUCAUCUUCAUACUUCAAACUAUAUUAUUCUCUUACCAUAUCUUUGCUGUCAUUUUUGGGAUGUGUUGUAUAUAGUUUGCCUUUUACCCAGUGACGCUAACUGAAGGUGACCUACAGGGUUAGUUUACGCCAUUUCAAGAGUGAUUCAACUGCCUGUCAAAAGGCUUUACAAGCUGUUCUUCAUGCAAGGUGCAUGCCUGCAAUUCACGCAUUUCAAAAGGUGGUAAGGAGUUUGAGUUAAUGGAGCCUAGCUAUGUCCGGCAUCCCUCCCCCUGUCCUCCCCCUGUUCUUCCCCAGCAAGCCCCAUCCACACUGCCCCGCCCCUUUCCCUGUCCCCUGUACACAAUAUCGCUGCACACAAAAAAAAAAAUGCAAUGACAAAACAAACUGUAUCUUGCUGUAUCUUAUUGAGGCUGGGAAAAGAGGCAUCAGUUUUACUACUGCUUCUACUGUUGCUAUGACUACUACUACUUCUACAGUACAACAACUCUGUGGGGAUCGCCAUUUUGUCGCUUUGUCACCGGAAACCAGUCGAGGUGGCAACAGUUCAGCAGUGUGCAUAUGUGCCAUUGCCAUGGUAACACAAGAGAACAAAAGGAACGAACCCAAGAUUAUUGUCAGAAGAGCCAGAUGGGUUCUUUGAUCUUUGUUUUCUCUCUUGCGUUUAGUCUGUAUGAAGCUUCUGAUUGUCUGAAUUUAGAUUUUCGUCUUGCUUUAAAGCCCACAGACGUAACAACCUCAGACUGUUGUGACUAGGAAAGAUGAGAGAAUGGAAGAAAUGAAGAUAUUGGGUGAAUGUUAUGGGAUGCAGAGAGAAAAAGAGAGAGGGAGACAGAGAGUCUGAAUUAAAAGACUAAAUGUCGACAAGGCAUUUGCAGUGCUAUUUGAAUGAUCACUGAUGGGAAUCCCCCCCUCCAACUCCCCAGCAGUCUUUUGCAAUCCACCAAGAUCUGUCUUUGAAAUAUUUUGAAUUCUCUUCUUGUAAAGUAAAAUAACAGUGAACUUAAAUGAAUGGAUAGAACAGUUCUCCUAUGUGUCAAAUAGUCCAUGUGAAACUUUACAAAACCCUUGGUUUCUCCCAACUUAAAGAUGAGCCUUAAUGAUAGCUACAGCAACCAGUAAGACUUAGCCAUUUAGUGUGUAUUAGCAUUGUUUGGGUUAUAUUCACCAGAAUUGAAUUUAGGGAAUAAUGUUGGCCACAACAACAUUGGAGGGCAUAUCUGUAUGUGGGUACAGCUUAUUGGUUACAGCCUACAUUGUAUGUUAGGGCUUCUCUUCAAUACUGCUUGCAGCAACACCCAACAGUGACAAUGAAAGACAGUCAAGAGACAUUAAGGUUAAGUUUGAUGGUAGUGUCUCAACCCCAACUGAUAUAUGUCACCACAGUGGGGGCCCUUGGUCCACAUCGAGCCCCUGAGGGUCUGAAGGUCUCAGUGUGUCCUGGUAUUUUAAUGAACUCAAGUGUCCUGUUUUGAUAUAGCUUGUACAUGACAUGGUGGCUUUUUGGCUUUAAGGGAAGCAAAUAAAGGCUGUAGGCUUUGUAGAGCCAGUCAAAGCUGCGGGAUUUAGUCAACAUUUUUCAGGUUAACAGCACAAUCAGUUAAUACAGAUCGGGGUUGUGAUUUACCUCAGGUAUAGACAGAGGGGGGUGAAUGGUGCACGACAGGGCACUUACACUCAUUGGUGAAUGUGCUCUGUACAGUAAGGCUAGGCGGCGUCACUGUAAGUGGGAAAGAGGUUCAUGCUGGCCUUUAUCCAAUGAGAAAGCUUUAGCUGGGUAAUUCUUCCCGUUAUCUGGCUCUCUGGUGGUGAAGAUAAUCUUCUAAUGAACCAGUUUCUGCUGUGAGUCGGGGCAGGGCACAAGGCAGGCAGAGCUUCCCUCUAGUUUGGCUGGAUCCUGUAGUGAUGAAGAAAAGUGUCUCUGGAUUGCAUAAUAUGUAUAUCUGGUGCAAGCAGUUUUUUAUGUGUUGGCUGUAACCCUAGCAAUCAGUCUUGCAUUUAAACACUCCAGGGUUGUGUUUUAUACUGUAUUUCAUGUUUUGUAGGUAUUCUAAUGUAAACUAGAUGCACAGAGGCAAAAAGGUGCCUAAAAUGGGUUUAGACUGCAUUGCAAAAAUGGGCGGCUCCAGCGGCCAAUCUUUCGGAACCUUCCAAGUCUUUUAUGUACUAUUGAGUACAGUCACAGCCUCCAACAACAGUGUGCCUGGCAUCCUGAUCAGAUAAUAUCCGAUGGUAUCAGCCACCUCAGUUUGCACUGAAGAGUCCUGAUUGUGAAGCUGACCUGAGAGAUUGAGACACCUUAUCCUGAGAUAGAUUUCUUCAUACAAUUACGAUGGAUUUAAACUUUAUAAACUGUUUAUUCAUUUUGCCAGGAAGAACUUGAGAGCAUGUGUCAUUUAUAGAAGGAUUGGAUAAGCUACUUAAACUCAAAACUAUAUUCCACCCUUGCAAAAACUUGGUCCCACAAUGCCUUGUAAUUCUCUAAUCACCUGAUGCCAUCCAUGUUUAAACACUAAGCAAAUGGCCAGUCUUAAAGCAUGGGGUAAACAAGUGCUCAGUUAAAACGCUUGCGUCUCAGCUAAUGUGCAUUUAAGUAGCAGGUGACUGUCAGGCGGCAGAGCCUUCACAGCACAGGGUAGGAGAAUUAAGCUGUGUAAAGGUGGAACUGUUUGCAUGUGCACUACCAAGUCUGCAGCAUGAAUCUAUCACCAACAUUACCCCAUCACAAUGUAACUCGCCGUCCGUUUGAGGGUGUGUCGUAGAUGGAUAUCUUUGUGUUAAUCAUAGAUUUGAAUAACCUGGUGUGCUAAAGUGUAACCUACAAGAAGCCAACAUGCCCCUGAUGGUGCAGUAGCAAUGGACUCUGCCUAGGUAUUGGAGAAGCUCACCUAACUGUCCCUUGUUCAUAUUGUUGGAUCCGGUGGCUGCUGGUGGGGGCAGGGGUGGCGUUUUACGUUGAGGGCUUGUGUGCGCGUGCACGGUGUGGUUGUCACGUGUGAGAGUGCUGUUUUUCUUUGUGUGAGCUUUUUUUUUUUCCUUCUCAGAUGUUUUUCUUUUUUGUAUGAUACCACAAGAUAAUCUUGCAGAGUCCCAUCCAUGUUGUAAAUAGACAUAUACCCCAUUUAUUUUGAUUGUUUUUGUUUUUGUAACUGUUA